AGCUGGCUGUGGCAGGAAAGCUCAAGGUGUCCUGGCAGCAGGAAGCUCCCUUGCUCCACCCUCUGCCAGGCACAGCGACUCCCUGAGCUUCCGAGGCUUUGCUGCUCCAGACCUGCAGCGACAGCCACCUGCUCCGCGGGGACACUCGAGUGGCAGCGGGACCCUCGGCAUGGAGCACUUCUCCCGGGCUGCCCUGGCUGUGCUCUUCCUCACUGCUGCCCUCCGGGAUUCCCGCUCUGCAGCAGCUGAAGACAUCUCCAACAUUUCAACAACUGAGUACGAACCAUCAUGUCUUAAUGUGAGUUUCUGCAGGCAGGCAGCCACGUGCUGCCCCUCGGGCAUGGAUGACUACGGGUGGAUCGCAGCGGCUGUGGGCUGGAGCCUCUGGUUUCUCACCCUCAUCCUGCUCUGCAUGGACAAGAUCAUGAAACUCCGGCCUGAUGAACCCAAGUACCUGGUGGCCUGAAGCAGAGCAAGCCAGCAAGCAGCAGCACUGGGGAGCAGCGAGGCGCAGACAGACUGACAAAGCAUUUCAAACACUUGCCAAGAAACAAAAGAGAAAGGGAAAACACCUUCAGCAAAAAAAAGCCAGAUCUAAGCAGGGCAGCUGCUGAGGCUUCACCCUCUCUGGCAGGCUGGAGCAGGCAAGGCUCUGUAAGCCACCCCAUACGUGCCACAGUACAAAAUCCCCCCUUGUCCCUGAGCCCUCUCGUGCUUGCUGUGAGCACAGCAGCAAGAGGAGAGGCUGAGGGACCAGUUACCAGCCUAUAGCACAUGGCCUCGAGACAGCCUGCUGCAUGACCUUUGGGUUGGACACAGAAAGUGGGCAAAUAAAGCUGUUUUCUGGAGCAUCAACGUUACCAGAGCCAUUACUAAGCUAUAGGCCAGGCCACAUUAAGUGGAAGUAAUUAAUUGACUUUACCAAGUCCUUUUCACUCACUAACCUGCAAUAUUUAAAAGUUUACUAACUGAUGCAUGGGAAGACUUUCUUAUGGAAACUUAGGGAUUGUUUGGGCUGGUUUGAAAGUAAAACUAAUUUUUCCAGAGCCAUUUAGAUGUGAACUGUGUUGCAGGAAUGGAAUAUUGGUUGUAUUCAUUCAGCUUUCACCUUCCUGAGAAACCAAGCCAAGCUGAACUGUGGCAAGCAGGUUUAAACCAGCAUAUCCAAUUCAUGCACAAAACUGUUCCUAUUUAUCUGAGAUGAUAAUAAACACUUAUUGAUUGAAA